AUGCCUCCCAAAUCCAAAAAAGGACCCCCCAAGCCCAAAUCCCAACCUCCAGAACAGCCAAAACCCAACUGGCCCCCCCUCCGCCCCCUCAUUUCCUCCUCGGACCUUUCCCUAGAAUCCCUCCUCCACGACCAAAUCUACCUAAUCCGCAAUUUCCUCCCCUCCUCCCUCUGCAAAACCUACGCCUCCUUCCUAGCCUCGCUCCCACUCACCACCACCCCCGGCAAACCCAGAAAGGGCGAGGCCGUCCGCGUCAAUGACCGGUUCCAGGUGCAGGAUGCCGACUUCGCAGAGAGGCUGUGGAGCGGGACCGCGCUGAGGGAGCUGGUGAGCGGUGCAACUGACGACGACCAGACUGGCGGCGGGCGCUCACGCUCAAACAGGGAGAUCUGGGGCGGGGAGCCGCUGGGUCUGAAUGCGAAUAUCAGGAUAUAUCGGUAUUCGAGGGGGCAGUUUUUCGCGCAGCAUUACGAUGACUCGAAUGUGGUUACGUUCGAGUCCGCUCGAGAUAAGCCGCAGCAGGCUCGCACGACCUGGACCCUCCUGGUCUACUUGACGAGCUGUACGGGCGGCGAGACAGUCUUCUACCCUGAGCCGACCCGCGCGGAUCGCAACCCGGAGCCUAUCGCGGUGGCGCCGGAGGUGGGCAUGGCGCUGCUGCAUCGGCAUGGGGAGAGGUGUCUCCUGCAUGAGGGGAGAGAGGUCACCGAGGGUGAGAAGUGGGUUUUGAGAAGUGAUUUGGUGGUUGCACGGUGA